AUGCCUGCAGGGCGAUGUGUGGCACCACGAACUAUCGCCCUAACAUAUGACGAUAACCCCAAUGAGGGGGUAUACGACCUAUUGACGCUCUUGAAAAGCUAUAAUGCAACAGCGACAUUCUUCCCGAAUGCUCCACACCAUUACAAUACGUUGAAAUUGGAUAAAUACAUCCAUGAUGCACAUGCAGCUGGGCAUCAAAUUGGACUCCAUACGUGGGACCAUAUUAACCUAGAUAAUGUUGGGCAUGAAGGGGCUUUGGAUAAUAUUGAGAAGAUGAACGUAUGGUUGUAUAAUGUAAUUGGAUCACGAUCCAAUUUCGUCAGGCCGCCCUAUGGAGCAUGUGAAGUUGACUGUAGAAUGACCUUGACUGGUAAUGGGUACAGAAUUGUACAGUGGAACUUGGACACAUUGGACUGGAUCUUUGGAACAGGCGGCAAAUUUGAGUCUAGCAUCGAGAUCAUCAAGAAUUGGGUAGGCAAUCAGCCCGAAAUCGACGAGGACGACUAUGCAGGGCCCAUCGUCUUAAUGCAUGGCCGUUACCACACAAGCGCCACAGUCGUAACGCAACAUUUAUUGGAUUUAUUUACCUCUAAGGGUUUCAAAUUUGUAUCUGUUUCAGAAUGUUUGGGAUUUGAUAGGGAGUAG